GCGUUGAAAGAUCCCCCUGUUAGCUGUGGCCACUGACCAGUUUCCCGCAACCACAAUACCGGCCUUCCCCAACACCGCAGCUUCUGCGAAAACGAUCUCGUAAACGAAGGUCGGUUCUUCCUUUGCAAUUUGUAGAGAACCUAAAGCCUUCAACUUUUUUGGCAAUUUCUUAAUGGGGUCCCGGUACGAGCAACAACAUCACUGUAGAGCUACGACUCCCUUCACAGUCACUGUCUCCACCGCCUUUGAAUUUCUUUCCCCAGAUUUUUAUCCCACACUUUGUCGGCGUAUACUUCUUUUUUGCUCUCUUAUAUAUACUCUGCUCCAUUUACACGAAUUCAUAACUGGGUUUUCUUUACUUUUUUAAAUUUCGGAACAGUGUGUAUUGGGGUUUGAGUUUGACAGAUGAAACCCAUUGAGGAGGGUGAUUCAGUUAAUCCUAUUGACGUAUCUUCUUCUUCUGCUCAAUCGGAGUUUGAUGCUGCUGGGUUUUCUUCGGACCCUGAAUUUAUGUUAUUGCCCUUUUCGCGGCCUUUAAUGGGUUCUGAAUCGUUUUCUCCUCGUGGGUCUUUUCUUGAGGAUACAGCAGCAGGGCUUUCGAUGGUGAGUAUUGGUUUUUCUUCGUCUCCAUUUACAGGGGGACUUUUUGGUGAAAACCCAAUGCCAUCUUCUGCUGCACACCACAUGUUCGACGUAAUGCUUGAACAAGAUAAAGGAACUUUGGAUCCGUUAGCGGUGCCGUGUAUGGGGAGUGGUGUGCCUCAACCGCUAGAAUCCCUUCAUAGUCAGUUUGUUCCGCCAUUUCUGUGGAAGACUUUCGAUAUUGUUGAGGAUCCUGCGCUUGAUUCGAUUGUAUCUUGGGGUUCGGCAGGGCAGAGCUUUGUGGUUUGGGAUCCCGUGGAGUUUUCUAAAGUGAUUCUUCCUUCUAAUUUCAAGCACAACAACUUCUCCAGUUUUGUCAGACAGCUAAAUACUUAUGGAUUCCGCAAGAUAGAUGCGGACAAGUGGGAGUUUGCGAACGAAUAUUUUCAACGCGGGAAGAAACACUUACUAAAGAACAUUCAGAGGCGGAAAUCACCUCAUUCUCAGCAGAUUGGAAGUUUGAUAGGGCCAUCUACCGGAGGAGGGAAGUCUGGAUUAGAAGAUGAGAUCGGAAGGUUAAAGAAAGAGAGGAGCAUGUUAAUGCAAGAGGUUGUGGAAUUGCAGCAGCAACAGAAGGGAACUGCUCAGCAUGUGAAUACGGUGAAUCGACGCCUCCAGUCAGCAGAGCAGAGGCAGAAACAGAUGAUUUCUUUCUUGGCAAAGUUGCUUCAGCAUCCAGAAUUCUUAUUUCGCUUGCAGAAAAAGAAGGAACAGAAGGAUAUUGAUUCCUCAAGAACGAAACGGAGAUUUGUUAAGCAGCAUAAACAUGAAGAUGGUUUUACACCUUCCGCGGAAGGGCAGAUUGUUAAAUACCAACCUGAUUGGGAAAAUCUAGCCAGAUCUUCAAGCACAUCGGAUUUGAAUCCAAGCCUGCUUGAAGGACCUUUUGCUUAUCUUCUGCAGGGAGUAUUUGGAGACUUGGGAUCAAUUCCAGAAGGCGUGCCUAAUUUUCAAUUUAAGAAUGCUUCAUCAAGCGAUGUAAUUGCGUCUGAGGAAUUAGCAUUCCAUCAUGGAGUAGUAAAACCAACAGAGGAGCUGAGGGUGGAGGCUUCAAACAAGUCGAUGGACGAUCAACAUUUCAAGGGAAAGGCUAUUGAGAGUCCCCCAGAGGAAUCCAAUCCCGACUAUUUUCUCUCUUUGGCAGAGGAUAUUCUUCAGUCCUCGCAUCAUGGAACUGGAGGCGUCAUUAAACCAGAAGAAAUUUGGGAUGCAUAUCUGAGUGCCGAUGUUGGUCCAUCCGGUUCAAGCAGCAAAUUGUGGAGCAAUCCGGAAUGCUUCGAGGAUCCAUUUUUGCAAAUCUCUAGCAAACAACCACCAAUUUGGGAUUUCGGCUCCCAGCAGGCCGGAGAUUCGAGCAUGGAUAAGUGGCAUGAAAUCAUUGGACAAUCUAUUCAACAAGAAGCCGGAGUUCAUGGAAGAUUGUUGGAAGUAAGGGCCUUGAUCCACUGUGAUUCUCUUUUCCAGCUUUGAUGGUUUUGUCGUGGAAGAGAACUUGCAACCAUUGCAAGAAAUCAAAAAAUAUAAAUCGGCAAUGGGGUCUUGGAUUUGACGAGCUCUGGGGGGGACGGUUGAGAGAAGAAGCCGUAAUGGCAUCAUGGAGUGAGAAGAGCUUGAAGCCUCAAGAAGUGAGGGUUUGUAUGGUCUAAUGGUCUGCUGCUGGUUUAGUUUGUCAUUACCAUUCUAAAUCCUUUCGGUUGAAUUCAUUGGCAGAACAAGUUUAGACAUGUUAUCAAGUCGAUUAUUUUUUUCUGUAAACUGUAAAGCUCAACUGUAAUUAAUAUAAUUUUUUAGAUUUUUUCUUCUUUUUUUUUAA